CUCAGUUGCGUUGAGGAUAGUUCUAAAGAAGAAGUGAACGCGUGAACGAGUCCGUCUUGGAAGCACAUUUUGUCCGUAGCACGAAUUCUAGCCCCAUCCCCCUUUCUACCUACACUAUAUACCACAUCUCUGACCACUGGAUGUAGUCACCGCAUGGGACCGACUUCUCGUCGCUACGAUCUCGCUCACGGCUCACCAUGCCGUCCCCGGCCACCCGUGACCUACCCUUGGCCCUGCCCUUGGCCCUCCUGCUCACCUCCGUGCUCACCGCCCUGCUCACGCCCGCCCUUGCUCUGAUCGACGACUUUCCCGUCGUCACCACCGACCAGGGCUCCUCCAUUCUCGGAAGAAAGCUGACGAGCGCCGGGCUUCGGAGUGGCUCCUUGCCCAGGGACUACGCGGCCUUCUUCGGGGUGCCAUACGCCAAGGUGCCAGUUGGAAACAGAAGAUUCAAGCCGCCAGUUCCCGAGCCUCUUCCGUCCGUGGUGGACGCUAAAAUGCCAACGCCCGGCUGCCUGCAACUCAGCCGUCGACCCUUGGAGAUCACCGGAAGCGAGGACUGCCUCACUCUACAGAUAUUCACGCCAAACGUAAUAUAAAACUCAGCUUAAGUUAUGUGCUUUAAGAGCGGCCCAAACUGUUAAAACCCUACGAAGAAAAAUGCCUCAUCUUUCGGAAGUGCAAAAAAUUUGGCAUUUUGCUUCGUAAGGUUUUAACUGUGCACCAGAGUCGCUGCACCAUGCAUACUUUGAUUAAGGAAACACGCGAAGUGAAAAACUGCGCACAACUCUGAUUUACACUCAGCAAAUUAGAACAAGCUACAUAUUCGUGUCACAAGUAAGGGUAGGACUACUUGAGCUGAGGUAAUGCUGGAAACUGGCGUAAGAGAGAGUCUACGACAUGUCAACGGCACAAUACUAGCAGGGGCUCGCAACGCAGUGCUGAGGGCGGGGCCCAUGCGCAAGCACCGAAAGUCACCACCCGGACGGCGCAAACUGGCCGUUCAAACCGCUGCUCAGUGCUCCUCACUACAGACAGAUUUGCUAUUUUUAAAACACUUUGCCAUGCAAGAAUCGUUCCGGAAAGUGUAUAAAGCGUUGCGUCAGGUCACAAGGAUAUGGAAUCUAACAAGAUCACCUAUGUUUGGCGUAUUUUAUUUUGUAAAUUAAGAAAACUAUUUGCGAGUGCUGCGGAGAUCCUGACGCACUGCUCCAAUUCUUUCAGUAUAUCAGAUGAAAUAAACAGGGGUCCGUAACUUA